UUUGCAAUAACUUUUGGAGUGAUGCUAGUCCUCAAUGUUAUACCAUUAUGUAUUCUACGAUCCUGUCAUAAAUUGGUGCUGAUGAAGAAGAUGGAAAGACCGAGGUUUAAAGUCAGAUGCUUUCAUGCGUUUAUUAGAAAACUUUGGAUUACAACGACUAUCAGUUACCUCUUCUGGCCCAUAGUUUUGUACCCUCUCUAUCUUGUGUUCGGCUAAACUGACGGAAGUAUCACUGGAACUACGAUGAUUUUCAACCAACAUACACCUGGUUUCUUUCUACUUUCGUCCUGAACUUAUGCGUUCCGAUUUCAUAUUUACAAAUAAAAUGUGAAAGAUUGUUUUGUUUUCUAAAAUUUACCCCAUUAUCAGCGGGUUAUUGAAAGGAAUAUGUUUAAUAAUGAAAAUAGUAAUUUUGUUAUUAACUACAUACACUGUUCAUGUUUGUUACCUUCAUUAAUCUUCCAUGAGACUUAUACUUACGUUGAACAAUGAGGCUAAUUAGUUUUCCGUUGCUUUGUGCGAUUGUUUGGAGAGCCAAAAGAUUAUGUACCUUAUUUUUUAAAUUUUAGUGAUGAGAUUGUCUAUGAUAAUUGCUUCUUCAAGCGGCUAAGUAAUUAUUGUUGUUAAUUAGAAGUGACAAUUUGGUUUAGGAGUGUGCCAAUAAAGUCAUUGAAAAGUAA